AGCAUUUGCUCACUUCAUGUCUCUAUGUCACAUUUUUGGUAAUUCUUGCAAUAUUUCAAACUUUUCAUUAUUAUUAUAUUUAUUAUGGUGAUGAGUGAUCUUUAAUGUUACUAUUGUAAUUGUUUGUGGGUACCAGGAACCACAUCCAUAUAACACGGCAAACUUAAUCGGUAAAUGUUGUGUGUGCUGGCUGCUCCACUGACUGUUCCCCUGUCUCUCCCUCUCCUUGGGCCUCCCUGUUUCCUGAGCAGCAGUUUUGAAAUUAGGCCAAUUAAUAACCCUGCAAUGGCCUCUAAGUGUUCCAGUGAAAGGAAGAGUCGCACAUCUCUCACUUUAAAUCAAAAGCUGGAAAUGAUUAAGCUUAGUGAGGAAGGCAUGUCGAAAGCUGAGAUAGGCAGAAGGCUAGGCCUCUUGCGCCAAACAGUCAGCCAAGUUGUGAAUGCAAAGGAAAAGUUCUUGAAGGAAAUUAAAAGUGCUACUCCAGUGAACACACGAAUGAUAAGAAAGCGAAACAGCCUUAUUGCUGAUAUGGAGAAAGUUUUAGUGGUCUGGAUAGAAGAUCAAACCAGCCACAACAUUCCCUUAAGCCAAAGCCUAAUCCAGAGCAAGGCCCUAACUCUCUUCAAUUCUAUGAAGGCUGAGAGAGGUAAGGAAGUCGCAGAACAGAAGUUUGAAGCCAGCAGAGGUUGGUUCAUGAGGUUUAAGGAAAGAAGCCGUCUCCGUAACAUGAGAGUGCGAGGUGAAGCAGCAAGUGCUGAUACAGAAGCUGCCGUGAGUUAUCCUGCAGAUGUGGCUGAGUUGCUGCAAUCUCACGAUAAAACGUUAGCGGAUAAGGAGUUGCUUCUUGUGGAUGAGCAAAGAAAGUGGCUUCUUGAGAUGAAAUCUGCUCCUGGUGAAGAUGCUGUGAAGAUUGUUGAAAUGGCGACAAAGGAUUUAGAAUAUUACAUAAACUUAGUUGAUAAAGCGGCGGCAGGGUUUGAGAGAAUUGACUCCGAUUUCGAAAGAAGUUCUGCUGUGGGUAAAAUGCUAUCAAACAGCAUCGCAUGCUACAGAAAAAUCGUUUCUGAGAGGAAGAAUCAGUCAAUGCGGCGACAAACUUCUUUGCUGUCUUAUUUUAAGAAAUUGCAGCAGCCACCUCGACUUUCAGCAGCUGCCACGCUUAUCAGUCAGCAGCCAUCAACAUCGAGGCAAGACCCUCCACCAGCAAAAAGAUUACGACUUGCUGAAGGCGCAGAUGAUGGUUAGCACUUUUUAGCAAUAAAGUAUUUUUUAAUUAAGCUCCAGAAAUAGCAGUUGUGCCACCAUUCCAAAAUGGAAUGCCACCUGUGGUCCAGAGACAACUCCACAGUCUGUGACAUCCUCUACUUCCUCCACAGAACACCAUCCUGUCACCUUAUUGCAUCUGAGGACUCACCUGCAUCACCAAGCCCAUCCUCUCCACCCCAUCUUUCACCAUCAGCACCAUCUACUGGCUGGGGAACCUUCAAUCAGCGGAGAAAGCAAAUACUGAGGGAAGCCAAGGAAGCAGUAGAAACCUCCACUUCAAUCUCCACAAGCCUCAAUGAGGAUCCUGAAGAACACCCCCAUUAGACACAGGCUCGGAGGGUGAAGAUUGACCUAAACUUCUAACUGCCUCUUAGUAUUAUACCCCAGCACAUAUACCAAUACAACCAGGUACUGGCUUUUGUACUCUUCCCUUCCCUUCCCUUUGUGAAGUAGGAUCAGCACUGAUACAUUUUAAGGACUGACUAAAAACAACGCACAUCUGAUUCGGAUCUACUAAGUGUUUUAGCAUACUAUUGCACUAGAGCAGCUGCACAAUAUACAGAAUGGGCGCUUGGGUGCCCACAGCCAAGACCCAUUUCAAAUAUUAUGGCCACUCAAAUACUAGGCCAUCUUGCUGCUCUUGCUCAUUUCAGAAUUUGGAGACUAGUUACUCACCCAUUUGGUAUCCCUAGGCAUUGUAUGUUGCUUAAAUUGCUUAUUAUCUUAUGUUUAAUGGGAAAAAGCUUAUAUGCACCCAGUUCCAGCACAGCUACAUUUCUUGUGCAUAUCAACACUACCACUGAUCCUUACCCAGUAGAUCAAAAUCUUGUGCGAUAUAAGGCAAAUAUUUGGCUUUAGCAAUAGACCGAACUUGGCUACAAGAAAUUACCAAAUUGCCUGCAUACACACAUACUAAUAAGGAUGUAUUAGAAAAGAUAAUUAAACCAUUAUGUAUAAACACCAGUUUAAUAUCCCAUGCUAUGAUAGAAUUAAACAUGCAGUAGGAAGAAAAUUUCAUAUACCAUGUUGGUUGAAUAUGAUCAAAUAUACUAAAAGAAAUACAAUGGAGAGAUUCUAUGUGCUCUCUACACACAGACCUCAAAAGAUUCAUUUGUAGAAAUGUGGCAGUGCUACACCCUUGCACAAUGCUCUUUGAGUACAUUUCAUCAAUUGGCAGGGUAGAAAAUGACAAUGCUAGUGACAGAGAACCACAACUAGAUACUCACAGGACAUGUGACUGAUAUUCAGAGACAUCACUCAAAGGCCUGUAUCACUUAGCUAUGUGACAAUGGGUAUCUGCAUGGGAUAAGGUGGAGAACCAUGAUUAUUAUUUUUUUAUUAUGAAAAUAUCAGAGAAAAUACCACUCACGCCACUCAGACACCCACCAUACCAAUUGAUAUAGUCAAUAAGGUACUUAUUGAUUCCACCAAAACGAUACCCGAAAUAAAUGACAAACUAUCUCUACUUCCAUACAAACAGUGUCUAUAUUUAGGAGUCCCAUGGGAAUGCAAUACCACUGAUGGCAGAAGUUAGACUUUGUGUCACAGAAUGGCCUAACCUGUUCCGCUAUGGCAAUCUAACCAUACAUGAAACACCUCUUGCCACAUCCCUAGCAGAAUUCUUUAACCCUUACACAUUUUUUACAACAUGCAGUGAUUCUCUUACAUAUUCUUAACUCAAGUGGCAACAGAAUUUUUCCAUUGGUACUAACAAAUCUAAUUUAUGAAACAUGUAAACGUGGCUUAUCUCAUGUAUUUAAGUACCCAACAGCUUACUCAAACAGUAAGGUAAUGUUACAGUGUAUAACAGAAAGAUCCUUUCUGUUUAACAAAUGCUAUAGAGAUGACUGUAGGCUAGGAAACAUGGUCAAAGCAAAACAGUCUGGAAACCAAGACAGAAGAGCAUUGUACAUGCACAGACAAAUAUUAACAGAGUAAUGAAGAUUGGGGAAAAUAGAGCAAGUUGCUAUACACAGUUCCUCUGUGUGCUCUGAUGCUGUAUUAAAUACUUUUGCAGGACCAGACAGUAUCACCCUUUUCAUACUCAUACUGAAGGGUUAUAAAUUAUUAAUUUGGUGUUGUAACAAAACACAUAUAAAUAUUUUGGUGCCAUCUAUAGACUAUUUCUUGACUUUUACCUUGCAAAAUAUUUCUAAAUCUUCAUGUGGGGAUGUACCAAACAAUGCAACUGUGAACCAAACAUUAAUGGUGAUCCAUGCCUAAGGUCAACUAUUCAACUUUAAAUUUUACAAACAAUAUAUCCUUGAAUAGAACAUAUGAAUGACAUACAAAUCUCGUGAGUAUGAGCCACAGGCAGAUUGCUCCUUUAGUGAUGAGACAAGAAUCUCGGAACCAGUUUCUGGGAUGCACACUGGGAUGUACCACGACUAAUGUAGAGAUAAAUACCGCUAGAUGGGAAGCAGGAGCAUGGUCAUGUCAGUGUAAAAAAACUGUAUGAUAAUAAUAUGUCAAAAAUUGCCAAUUGGAGUAAAAUCGUGCUUUAUGGAACAGACCACAUGAAAAAUUAAUAGGUGACUGUUGAAAAAUGAGAGUGAGAAGUAAAAUAUUAAACUAGAAGAUUUGAACCAACCUAGAAAAACUGUUAAAAAGUAAUAGAGAUGAGUUUAUGGAAUAUGGAAUGUGUAGUUCCAGCCAUGGGUCGUGAUGAUACUCUAGGGAUAGACAUUGUCACAGUGCAUCCGCAUGAAGACAAUUGGGCAGUUAUAUCUUUAAUUAUAAAUAUGCCAAAAUUUUGUCACUUCCUACACUCCCAACUUACGCUGUUUAAUCUGUAUUCGCCUAUUAGAAUAGAUCCAUGGACACUAUGUCCAACUUUAAAAGAACAGAGACACCUUAUAAAGUGUGUAGAGUUCACAGAAGAAACCUAGCUAUAAUACAUGCCGUUCAUUAGACUCAGGGGUAUACCUCUGCCUUCUAGCUCACACCACAGAUUUCUACCUCAAGAACUUGGGAACCUGUGUUAGUAAAACCUCUCACGGUCAUGUUGGAGCCCACAGUAGUGACCUAUACCUUGAAAUUUAAUAUACAAGUCUUUCAAGCUGGAUGUGGAUCCCCAAAUUGUGCUCAGUUUUAUCUGUCUUCAUUUAUGCCUGAUUUACAACCUUGCCCAAAACAGAUUUGCUGAAAGGAAGAAAAGCCUUACAGUUCCUUAUUGGACUCUUAGGAGGUUUAAUUGGAGGAGCAAUGGCAGCUGCUUUUUCUCAGUUCCAAAUUGAUCAAAUCACAUUAGAUUUUAAAAACUUUGAAACCAAACAAUCUCAAUUUGACACACGUGCAAUGGCAGCAUUAUCAUAGUUGGGUACACAGAUGGAUACAAUUAGCAAUUUAUUAUAAAACAUAAAUGAAUUUCAUAGGGAAGUAAAUAUAGCAAUAGAGAGUCUACAUAAAACAACUGGAGAAAAUGCUAAAAAUAACAAAAUACUAUAAAAACAAUAUAAAAAAUGUUUCUCUCAGUGUAGAUUAUCAAUUACUGUGGUUAAGAUUGGUUGAUAUGUGGAAGACUCAGAACAGCUGUAAUCUCAGGGCAGUACUGGUCACCUGAGAUAAGACAGUCCAACCAGCAGUAGAGUAGAUACCACACAUCCUAAUGGUCGUGAUUCCUUGGGCAUCUGUGAAAUGAGAAUAUUGCACUAAAGGAGGAAACAUGACAUUGAGUUACCCCACUUUUGCAGUUCCCAAUUUCAAAAGGGAGACGAGCCUACAGGCCACAGAAAGCCCCCGUAUGAUAGAAGGAAAAUGUGUUCCUAAGGAUGUGUUAGUGGAACGGAAUCAAAGUGUCCUUCUUAUUGCUAGACCUUUGGAUAUACCUGUGGUACAAGUACCCAUGACUAUGGCCUUGAUGCCUCCUCAACCAGUUAAAUAUAGUAUGGGAAACUGGGCCGUGAUAGUAUACUCUAAGCCAAACCUUACCCUAACCUGUUGGAUUCGGGGGGAACAUAACACAAAAUAAUGGGAUGUGUAGAAAUAGAACAGGUAAUGAAUGUAACAGUAGGAGAAAAAAGAUAUUAUUUAAGGUCAUCAGAAGAUCAAGGAACCAUAAAAUAACCAGAGAAAUGUUUCACAUUGGACCUCCUAAAAUUAAUUUAAUAAUUGUAAAUCAUAUAUUAGAAAACUUAAGACAAAGAACAUCUAGAAGAUGAGACUAAUAAAGUCAAAAUAACUUUGCAGAAAUUGAAAACAGAACAAAAAUAUGCUUUUCCCAAAGUUAUGACAGCUUUAGAUUCUGAUGUAAUGACAGUUGAGCAUGUGCCUAAUGAUGCUAUGCAAGAUUGUACCCCCUGCAGCUUUAUAAAAAUGGCUUUUACAUGGAAGUGCAAUGGUCAAGGAAGCUUGUGAGUGGUUGAAGAAACUUAAUAUUUGAUCUUUUGGUGAUUGGAUAUGGCAUCAUGUUAAAGAGUUCUUUACUAUACUUUAUUGAUAAUAUUGGGAAUAUGGUUCCUUAAAGUGAUCAUGAAACUAUAGUGUAAAAGAAUGUGUGUCAAAGGAAAAAAUACCCACAAAAUAUGAUUGCUUGUGAUUAAGAUUGUAAGUGAUUUAGAAUCACAGGGCGGAUUGAUAUUUUUGUGAAUUUAAAUUUCUACAGGGCAUUAGGCCUUGAUAAUUAAUUGGUGUGUGAGUGAUUUAAAAUCACAGGGUGGAUUGUUGUGUACUGGUUUAAUAUGAUUUCAAAUCCACUAGUUUAUGACUUAUGUUGUUUUAAUCCACUUGUUUGUGACAAAGACAAAAAGAACAUUAUUGUUUUGAUCUAAGAAUGAAGUAAGUUGUGUCAGGAUGUCAUCAUUUCAUCUGUUGUCCAUGAUAAGAACUCAGUAGCCCAGCUGCUGAGGGACCCCGCUGGGGGCUGAUCAGUAAGAACAUGUGGAGAAGCAACUAUCACAAGGGGGCAUUCAGACUAUAAAUACCCAGAGUUUGUGAGGAUUAUUUGAGAGUUUGUGUCUGGGCAAGGCACCACUUUGCUGACCUAAAUAAGUUCUCUAAGGACAUUGGGGCAUUAGCUCCUACUGUGGUAAGGGUGACUCCCUUAUCAGUGGUGGUAACAAACUGCACAGUGGCCCCAUGCAGGAGAUCAGCCUGCCUACCAACGCUGGUGCUGUCGUUCCUUUGCAAUGUGCUCUGGCAACAAGGGACUUGUUUUUGUGUUGGCAGGUGGACAUCCCCUCUUGGUUGGUCAAGCCAUCUCUCCUGAGUGCCUCCUCGUAUGAAAAGCUACACCUCAAACUAAAUUUGGACUUUAUUCGUUUCAUCUCUUCUUGCCUUUGUGUGAUUAAUCUGUCGUUGGUUUGGAGUGUGGCGUGUUAUUUUUUUCAUGGACUUAUUAAGAGACAUUAUCCUGUAUGCUAUUGGCUUGCAAAACUAUUAUAGACCCCACAGUGAACCUGUGUUAAAUAAACUAUUGACAAAGGCAGUCUUAGUCUCUGAGCAUAAUUUUGCCCCCAAAACAAAACAAUGUUUGUAAAAUGUUUAUGGGACUCUUUAUUUUAAAGUGCUAUUGUAUAAACAUUAAUUUUUUAAGUGAACUUUUU